UUUCGAAGUAGUCUUCAAUGGUUCUUGGUGUUUGUGUUUUGUUUGAUAUUGUUUGAUAUUGAUAUUGAAGUCUACAAAUUGUUCAAAACACUUUCAAUCGCGCAUGAAUUUUCUUAAAACAGUGCUUUUUGGUAAGAUGGACGACGACUCACAAGAUGACGAAAAUGCACAAGAAUCAAAAGGGGAAAUGAAAGAUGAGAAGGAAAAACCAGAGUGGAAGAAAUAUGAAACCAUGGAUUUAAAGGAAAAAAGAAAACUCUACAAGUGCAGAGAAAACUUUGUAUUGAUGAAAGACAUUAAAACAUGGCCAGAGUAUUUUGUUGAUAAUAACUACUAUUUUCACUCCAGAGUCUCUAAACCAGAUGAAUGUCCAUUUCCAUUCAAUGAAGAACUCAAUGAAAAGGUGUCACUAUGGACUGGAGACAUCACAACACUUGAAAUUGAUGCCAUUGUUAAUGCAGCCAACCAAACUCUUCUUGGUGGUGGUGGUGUUGAUGGAUGUAUUCACAGAGCAGCUGGGCCUUCACUUAAACAAGAGUGUCGUUUGUUAAAGGGAUGUGAGACUGGCCAAGCCAAGCUAACCUCAGGACACAAACUUCCAGCAAAAUUUGUUCUCCACACUGUUGGACCUGUUGGAGAAAAGGAAGACAAACUGGAAAGCUGCUACAAUAGCUGCUUAGAACUCUGUUUAAAGCAUGAAAUUAGAACUGUGGCCUUUUGCUGUAUUUCAACUGGCAUUUUUGGCUAUCCAAAUGAAAAAGCUGCAGAGGUCGCAUUACGUACUAGUAGAAGUUGGCUGGAGAAAAAUAAAGAUGCUGUCGAUAGGAUCAUAUUUUGCUUGUUUAUGGAAGUGGAUAUUGAAAUCUAUCAGUCACUCAUGAUGAAGUACUUUCCUCCCACCCUUCCUUCCCCUCCCUCAUCUCCCAUCCUAAGCCAGACUGAAGGCAAUGAUCAGCACGAAGACGACAUACCAGAAAAGGCUUCAAAGAAACAAAAACAAGAUGAUGAGAAUGUUCAAUCACAAGAGACCACGUGCUCAACAAGAACUGUUGGAAUUGAACAAAGCACGACCCACUCACCAGAAAAGGCUUCAGAGAAACCAGAACAAGAUGAAGGGAAUGUUAAAUCACAAGAGACCACAUGCUCAACAAGAACUGUUGGAAGUGAAGAAAGCACGACCCCUGCACCAGAAAAGGCUCCAGAGAAACCAAAACAAGAUGACGGGAAUGUUAAAUCACAAGAGACCACGUGCUCAACAAGAACUGAUGGAAGUGAAGAAAGCAUGACCCCUGCACCAGAAAAGUCUCCAGAGAAACCAGAACAAGAUGACGAAAUGGAUAUUGAACAAAGUAACACAUGCCAACAAAAAACACCUGGGAUUGUCUCAAGUGAGGAAAACCCAACCCUUGCAUCCAGUGACUCCACACACUGUGAGAAUCCAGUGAUGACUACCACUACUGUAGACAACAUGGAGUGACCACACACUACAAAACCGACUACAAAAUGCAUGAAUGAAAAUAGUCAGUACUGAGUACUGUCAUUUUAUUGGGAAAAUUGUGUAAAAGCAAAGUUAUUUUAUCACCCGCCAUCAGAUAUCAGGGUUGUCUUGAGUACAAUUCAUUGAAAUACUUU